CCUACAAAAUUUACUCUCUCUUCCCUUCGUAUUUAUCUGACUGAGGUCACAUGACUACCCUGCAACUGAGCAAUCUGACAAAAUUUAAUAAAUAAAAGCAAAGGAAACCACUUCCCCCUCUCUUUCUCUCUGUUUCCUCUGCCACUCCCCAUCACUAUUGCAAACUCCAUUAAGCAAAAACAAAAUCAUCCAAAUCUCUCUCUCUCUGUGCCCACUUGUGUAUACUGGCUCUCCCAACCAUGGAAGCUUUCACCUUGCUCAAAUACUGGAGAGGCGGCGGUGCUCUCGGACACCCACCUUCCUCCGACACUCCCUCUUCACGCACCGCCACCACCACCACCAUCCUCACCGCCGUCGAAAACGAAAAUGCAACCGAAAGCGACGACGACGACGACGGCCCCUUCUUCGACUUAGAGUUCACCGUCCCCGACGAAGACGCUCAUGAAAAUCCAAACGCGAACCACACCCAAGAAGAAGAAGAUGAAGAUAUUAACAUCGAAGAAUCCGACGGCGAGAGAGAGUUUAAGUUCACUCUCUCCCCUUCGAGCAACGACCGUAGUGAUCCGAACCUCUCGCCGCUGUCUCCUUCGGACGAUCUGUUCUUCAAGGGAAAGCUGGUGCACGUGGACCCUUCCGAACCUAACUCCAAGCCUCAGUUCACCGCCUCCCUCUUAAAAUCCGCCACCAAAUUCCGCGUCUUCAUGUUGGGCCUCAAAAAGCCCAAGCCCAACGACAAAGACUCCAACAACGGUUCCGAUUCCGCAAUUCCAGAGGCCCACAAAGACAAGAAGCACUUCACCGUCAAAUUCAAAGUCGAAGAGGUCCCCAUCGUCUCUCUCUUCAGCUCCAAAGCCAAUAAAAACCAGAACCAAAAGCAAACCUCAGAGGACAAACCUUCCGAAGAGAAACGCUUCUCCAAGGAAGUAAUGCACAAGUAUUUGAAAAUGGUCAAGCCUCUCUACAUUAGAGUCUCGCGCCGCUACGGCGAAAAACUCAGCUUAAACCCCGCCGCAAAAGCACCGCCUCCGCCGCCCACGGCGGAACCAGAAGGUGUUAGUGUUGGUGGCGGCGAAACAAACGUGAAGAGUAGUACUCAAGGCCAAAAACUACCAGCAGGGCUUAGCGUUGUGUGCAAGCAUUUGGGGAAAAGCCGUUCAGCAUCUUCGGCGGUGGCGGCGGCGGCUCCUCCGGCGGUGUUUGUGUCUUCGAAACGACGCGAUGAUUCGCUGUUGCAGCAACAGGAUGGGAUUCAAGGCGCCAUUUUACACUGCAAGAGAUCCUUCAAUGCAUCCAGACCUGAGUGUGAGUCUUCUCAGCUGCCGCGUUCUGUGAGCCAUCCAUGGGACGAGAUAGGCAUCAAUGAAGCCAAAGACAAGCGCCUUUCAGCAUAGAAAGCUUCCUUCCGGCGGUGUCAGUGUGUAAAAAGGAAAAUUUAUGUUAUUACUAUUAGACUAUAUUUUACACUCCAAUGAAGUGAAAAAGAAGAUGAUAAAAAUAGUAAAAAAGUAGAGUCGUGGGCCAGCAUGAUUUGUUCAGUUCAGAUGAGUGAAUGAAGCUCGUCAUCCAUUUAGCUUAGUGACUCUUUUUUUUUUCUUUUUCUUCCUUGGUAGUGUAAACUGUAAAGCUCUUUCCGAUAAAGCCAAAGAAGAAUCAGAGCUUUUCCGUGCUUGUUUCUCCUGGACGUAUCUCUCUGUAUCUAUAUGUAAUGUAGUAGCUACUAGCCAGGCUAGAUCAAAUACCACCCUAAAUCUAAUCCUUGUGUACAAAGUGCUUUGCUUUGGUUGGUACUUAGAUCAAAUACCAUUGACUUGAUUCAUUAUUUGA